GUUUAGCGUUCAAAAAAAAAUUCGAGAGUUCGCACUCCUUUGAAAUCGGGUGUAAGAAUAGAGAGUAUGAGAUAAGAUGAAUGCAUGUCUUGUCCUGUAACGACUAGGGUAUUGGCAUUGGCUGAUUUUGAGGAGGCGUGGUAUUGCGAAACUCGUUGACUUAGGAAACCAUUUCCUACUUCAUCGUUGCACAAAGCAUUUUCUUUAAUCUUGUCCAUUGCAAUUUUGUUUUGCUGACUGAAACUAUGGCUGGAUCUUCACUAAACUACGUACUCGUUGACAGUGAGGUUAAACUUGAUCAAUCUCUGCGAGAGCUAAAGAGCUUGGAACCGAAAGCGCUUCUAGCAGUGGAUUGCGAAGGGGUCGAUUUGACAAGAAUAGGAGAGCUUACGAUUGUCGCCGUUGCCACUGAAAACAAAGCCUUCAUAUUCGAUGUUGUAAAACUCAAGAAAGCAGUGUUUGAUAAAGGCCUUCGUGAAAUCUUGGAGGACAAGACAAGAGAAAAGUUGAUGUUUGAUUGCAGAAAUGAUUCAGACAGUCUUUGGCAUCAGUAUCAAGUCAAAUUGACUGGAGUUUUGGACGUUCAGCUUCUCGAAGUGAUGAAGAGACGUGAGGAAUACGGAGGAUCCAGUUUGAGGUUUCAGCUAUCACGUCGAAGCGGUAGAGGCAGUGAAGUACGUCGAAGCGAUAGAGGCAGCGAAGUAGAGAAAAUCCGUGGAUUCAAUUAUUGUUUGGAGUUGUAUACCAAAGACACUCGUGCAAUUAAUACCAAAGACGAAGGAAGAAUUUGAAUUUGAAGGAAGAAUCUGUGGAAGCGAAGACCUAUUUCAGACGUAUUGCUUCGCUAUUGUGCAGUUGAUACSCUAGAGUUGUUCAAGCUGUACAACAAACUSAAAAGUGCCAAUGGGGAAGAGCUCUCUCGACUGAGACUUGCCUCAGAGCGUUACACCGAUCUCUUUCGAGGUAAAGCCGUUCGCAGUUUUGAUCAAUACGAAGGCAACGGCUUCCUCCCUUUGGAUGUGAUUCCUAGUGAAGAUGGGGAAGACAAUUCGACUGCGGAUACGUUAUGCAAUGGAUGCAAGCGUUUGUUUCCGCGGGAUGAAUUCAGUGAAUAUCAGCUUCGUCAUAAUGAACAGAAAUGCAGAGUGUGCAGCAGCUUGCGAAAAAGAAAACUGUAUUAUUAAAAUGUUCUUGAGAGGUUACUGAAGUACAACUAGGACUGCAAUAAAGUGACUGAGGUAAUGAUGCAAURAUGGAGCUUCUGAAAUCUGUACUUCUUAACUAAACUGAAUUUCAAGGAUAGUUUAAUUAGAAAAACCCAUGUUUCAGAUUAUGAACUAUAUAUAAUACAAGGAACACUAUUGCAUAUUUAUAUAUUGUUGACUACACGUAGGCUAUUAUAGCCGUAUAUUUCAAGGCAAGAAUUGACGUACUUGAUUUAGAAGAGAGGAGUGCGUGCCUUGUCAGGGCUGUGGACAUCAAUAGAUCGUUUGCCAAAAUAAACGCCACUCAUUCACAUUAUUUAAACAUGAAACACUUUAGAGAAAAACUUAACUGGAAGCUCUACAAAARGMUCAUUAGUUUUCAUUGAAAAUCCAUAGGAUAUAGAUUAUUUCAAUCAAASGAAAUGCACAUGGUUGGGGUAUGGCUACAUCUCUUUGUUAAUUUGUUAAUGAGACAUAUGGCGGCCAUUAAGGUAAAACAUCUAUUUUUUAGUUCCAUAUUCUUCACUUGACUUUCUUAUUACGUUAAUUAUACAUUUUACUGAUUGUUGGUAUAUUAAUAAAUCCAAAAAUGUUGUCAGAGAAAAUAUGUCAAAUAGUAGAUUUGUAAAGAGGCAUUUAUUUUAUAAAAAGGACAGGAGGAUCACUCUCCAGGUCGAACUCUUUUGUUUGUCUUAUUUAAUUAUUUAAUGUAUUCUUUUUUAUUUAAGUACAAAUGUUUUAUUUUCUAUUUGACGUUUUUGGAAAUAGGUUCUUAUAUAAACAAAAUCAUAGUUAAYUAUGGUAAAAUAGAACAAUUUCGUCUUCAAUAAAAUUGCUUAAAUCACGCACUCCCUUAUUAGAUGAUUCAGUUCUAAUAGAGGAAUCGGAGGGAAGAUUCGAGGAUCGCUA